AUGACUCGCAAGAGAGAAACGCGGAACAAGAUGAAGGCGAGGGGAAAAGCUACCACUACAGGCGAGCAGUUGGAGGAGGAAGUACAAGAGAAGGAAGGAGCAGGGCAGGGACCGUCCAUGGCCGUUCCUCCGAGUGCGAAGCGAUCGAAACGUGGAGUGCGCUCAGCAGUGGCGCGCCGAGCCGUCGACACCGUGAGGGAGAUUCGAUACGGUGACCUAGACGCGCUACCCGCAGACGUGUGGCUGCGCAUCGCAAAUGAGGUAGUGGAGAGAGACGACUGCUGCUGCUCGUGGCCGCUCGUGUCGUGCGCCAUCGCCUUGCCGUGCGUGCGACGCGCACUAUCGGGGGACGAGCCUCUCGUCUUCUACGAAAAAUGCGAGUGCGUUCCCUCCGCCGUCUCCCUCGCUCAACGAAUCCGCAGCUUCGCAUGGCUGAUCAAGCAGCACCAAAGCCCUUCGGAUCUCAUCUUCUCAAUCAAUGAAGCGCCUCCCCGCCUCCUUUCCUCCCUCAUGCGCUCCUGCCUGUUCCCUUCCCUCUCCACCAUCACCUCCCUCGAUCUCUACUUCCCCCGAAGCCUCCCCUCCCAUCCGCGCCUCCUCUUCUCCCUCUCGCAAGCGCCGCGCCUCGAGUCGCUUUCUCUUACGCAUGAUGUUGCGUCGGACAGCGAGAGUGACAUGCCACGGCACCACUGCAACGAUCCCGUGAUGGUGGCGGAAAUGUGGGAAAUAGUUUCAAUAAUGGAAGAGGAGAAGGCGAGUGACAAGGACAGGUCGUUUCCCGUGCUGCGACACUUCAAUCUCGACCUCCCCGCCUGCUCGCCUCUCGUCCUGCGCUUCGUCUCCUGCAUCUCUUCACAGCUGCACUAUCUCUCUCUUGGCGGUGCGGAUCAGUUCGCGGCUCAGGAGGGCAGAGAGGAGGCUGAAAGGGAUGCGAACGCGGAAGGGCCAAGAGGGCGUGAGAGGGACAUCGACGGACGAAACUACCUCACUCUUCACCUCCCGCGAGCCACGAAUGCCCGAUUCCACGGAAUCAGCUGCUCCAUUUCCCUCUCCGCCCCUCGUAUGUCCGCCCUCUCCUUGCUUUGGAAGUCUCCCCAUUUCCGCCUGCUCUUGCUUCCCACAUGUCCCGCGCACCUGCCGUCUCUCUUCCUUAGCUCGGACGGACCCUGCCAGUGGCCGUUGCAAGCGCCUUCCCUCACGUCGCUUGAAUCCCUCUGCACCAACAUGCAGCCAGAGCAGGCUGCUUGUUUCCCUCCCGGUGUUCUAGCUACAGUGAAGGCCCUUGAGUGGAGAUAUGUUAAGGUGUUGCGGCCGCUGGACCUGCGUGCUUGGCACGGCCUGCGUUGCUUCCAUGCCAUGGGAUGGGACCCUGUGUCUCUGUCGGUGCUUCGCUCGGGUGUGCUCUGGCCUUGUGGCAUGGAGGGGCUGUUUUUCGAUAAAAUUGGGAGCGAUGUUGUGGAGCUUUUCACGAGUGAGCUGAGAGGGGAUGAUGGGGGAGAUAGUUUGGGAAGGAGGCAUGGAAGGAAGGGCACGUUGAGAAGCCGAGAUGACAUAGCUCAGAGAACAGUGGAAGGUGGGCCCGAGGAGGACGGAAGCAGGGAUAUGGUUCAGGCUAAUGGCUGGAUGGUGCUGAAGGACUGA